AUGCGGCAUCGUUACGCGGGAGCUGUCCAUCAGCACCAAAUCCCCGACGAAAAGCAAGCAAGCAGCAAACCGAGCCCAGACCCACUCGCUCCUGUUUUCAGCCUGCCGCCCCCGCCCUCUUCUCACCACCGAGAUCGCACUUCGACCACCGCCGCUCAUCGCCAGAGCCUCCAGGAGCUCCCCUGUCUGAGCCAGCCCUCCCGGAGACCUGUGCACAGUGGCGACCCUCUACCUCUGACGAGCUACGACACCGCCCAGCGACCUUCACACCGAACCAGUGAACCCAGCACCGGGCAGCCAGCGCACCUGCAGCAGGAUCCCUGGGCCCCGGCCGGCUCUCAGCAGCAGCAGCAGCAGCCGCCGUCGCAUUCGGAGAAGCAGCCUGUUUUUCCCAGCUGCCACUGCAGUUUUUCCGAGCAGGAGGCGAGCCUUUCUCAAAAUCAUCACCAUCCUGCCGAUCCUCUCCCACCGCAGCCCUCCCCACCUUUUCCGCCGCCUAAACUACCACCGCCACCAACGUCGUCGUCCUCCUCCUUUUCCCGGGAAUCUAAAAGGGGGGAUCGUAUCCAAAGGAGUGCCAAUAAUUACCAACAGGCAAGCAUCGUGGACCGCUGCAGGGGAGGAGGAGGAGCAGGAGGGCACCGAGACCACAGGCAGUUGUUGCAGCAACAGCAGCAGCAGCAACAGCAACAGUAUCAACAGCACAGUCAUUUAAGACUCCAACAGAGGGACCCCUCCCCUGAAGGAAGCCGUGCAAACUCGCAGAAAGGGCGCUCUUUAAAUGUAUGUGAGUCAACCGAGGCUAACAGGAGAGCAUUCGAGUCUCAGACUCCGGACCUGCAGCAGCAACAGAUCCCCCAAUUACGAGCGCAGCAACAGCUACUGGUGGGGAGCAGCUUGCCUAUCAACUACUGCGCCAGCGGCUCAGGAGAGCUAUGUAGGACUCACCAGGCUCCACUGCUGCAACAGCAAGAGCAGCAGCAGCAGCAGCAGCAGCAGCAGCAGCAGCAACGGCAGCGGCAGCAGCAGCAAGGCGCACUGGGGCUCUGUCCCCAGCGUCCGCAGCACUGUGAACAAGACCGCAAUAAGUCUGGGAGGAUCACCGCGCCAGGCGACCAGGCGCAGCCUCACAGCCACGACUCCCGCGUCACCCCCCCGGUAACACAACAGGCGUACGCGGGGAACUCGUCUGCGACUGGCAGCAACAGCAGCAAAGACAGCCCCAACUACGGCUCCAGCUAUCACCUGUGGCCAGAGAGCCCGCAUAAAGGAGAGGAGCGGAUCCGCAUCGACCUCCAUAAGGCCACUACUGAGCAGAAGAAGCUGAGCCAUGCUGGAUCCAAGCCCUCCCUCUCCGAGAGCAGCGGCCGACUCCCUCAGAUAGCCAUGAACACCUGCAAGUACAAUGGCGGAGUGGUGAGACCACUAGUGGGCAGCCUGGCGUCCUCGUCGCGCCGCAACCUUGCGGAGCUCGACUCGGAGACGCAGCCCUUGCAGACACUGCACAGCUCUGGCCUGGAGGUGGUGGUGUCCAAGGGCAACGGCGGCGAAGACCCCAGCAAGGCGUCCAACGAGAGCUUGGUCAGGGAGGGCAGCGUGCGUGGCGGAGGCAGGGCACCGCAGAAGAAGAACAGGGACAUCGGCUACAAGCUCGGCCACCGGAGGGCACUGUUUGAGAAGCGGAAGCGGCUCAGCGACUACGCACUCAUCUUCGGGAUGUUUGGGAUUGUCGUCAUGGUGACGGAGACGGAGCUGUCAUGGGGGGUUUACACUAAGGUGGGUGGUGAAUCUUCAUACUCAUUUGCACUGAAAUGCCUUAUCAGCCUUUCCACUGUUAUAUUGCUUGGUCUUAUAAUAAUGUACCAUGCCCGGGAAAUCCAGCUGUUUAUGGUCGACAAUGGUGCGGACGAUUGGAGGAUAGCCAUGACGUAUGAGCGGAUCUUCUUCAUCGUGCUGGAGCUGCUGGUGUGUGCCAUCCAUCCCAUCCCGGGCCAUUACGUCUUCACCUGGAAGGCGCGGCUGGCCUUCACCUACACACCGUCGGAGAUCAAUGCUGACGUGGACAUCAUCCUCUCCAUCCCCAUGUUCCUGAGACUCUACCUGAUAGGCAGGGUCAUGUUGCUCCACAGCAAGCUGUUCACGGACGCUUCGUCUCGCAGCAUCGGCGCCCUCAACAAGAUCAACUUCAACACACGCUUCGUCAUGAAGACUCUCAUGACCAUCUGUCCGGGAACUGUUCUGCUGGUGUUCAGUAUAUCCUCCUGGAUCAUUGCUGCAUGGACUGUGCGCGUCUGUGAGAGGGAUACCAUGUAUCAUGACAAACAGGAAGUGACCAGUAACUUCCUGGGAGCCAUGUGGCUCAUCUCGAUUACCUUCCUCUCCAUCGGCUACGGUGACAUGGUACCACACACGUACUGUGGGAAAGGUGUGUGUCUGCUUACAGGGAUUAUGGGAGCUGGUUGCACUGCACUGGUGGUUGCAGUGGUAGCCAGGAAGCUGGAGCUGACCAAGGCUGAGAAACACGUCCACAACUUCAUGAUGGACACACAACUCUGCAAACGAGUAAAGAACACAGCUGCCAAUGUACUCAGGGAAACAUGGCUCAUCUACAAACACACAAAGUUGGUCAAGAAGAUAGAUCACGCCAAGGUGCGGAAACACCAGCGCAAGUUUCUCCAAGCCAUUCACCAAGCUCAGAAACUGCGCAGUGUGAAGAUGGAGCAGCGGAAACUCAAUGAUCAGGCCAACACCUUGGUGGACCUCGCAAAGACCCAGAAUGUGAUGUAUGACCUGGUGUCAGAGCUGCAGGAGCGCAGUGAGGAGCUGGACAAGCGCAUCGGCACAUUGGAGGACAAGCUGGACUCGGUGACGGGCAGCCUGCAGGCGCUGCCCUGCCUCAUCUCCCAAGCCAUAACCCAGCAGCAGCAGGACUUCCUGGAUGGCUUUGUUCACCGCUUUCGGCCCGCCUCACUAGCCUCUGAGCGCUCUGAACGCUCUGAGCGAUCGUGGACUUCCACCGCCCGAAGGCGGCGCUCUCCCUCCACAGCACCACACACAUCCUCUGAUAGCGGAUAACCUUGACAAACCGUCGGGUCUCACCUUUCAAAAACCAACUCGCCACCUCACUCCUAUCCAAAGCCGUCCCUGUAACCGCUGGCGAGUCCAUGUCUGGACUGAUAAUGAACCCAUAUCUUGACCUCUGACCCGUUCCUUGCCCUUAUUCUCUCCCGCCCAUCCAUCUUCUCUCCCCUUCCUCCCCAUAUCAAAUCCAAAUACCAAUUCCUCUGUGACUGGGCGACUCAGCACAGGACUGGAUCAGAGCUACUCCAAAAGAACAAAGAAAAGCAAACAAAGACUUCAAUCGAGAAAAAACACAAAUGCAUCCAAAAAAAGAAAAAGAGAAAGAAAAAAAUUUAAAAAUGACUGAAAAACCGAGAUAAAGUAGAGAUAUGGUUUAUGUUUUAGCCAUUGUAUGGCUGUUCAAGUUAGCUUUUUUGUAAAAGCCCUUGUAUAGUUAAAAAAUGAAUGAGUUCAGGGUCGCUGGGGUGAGAGCUGGCUAUCACACCGGAGAGUCCUUAACCACAAGUGGGGAAGUUGGUCUAUGGAGACGAGAGCCUCGGCUCACUUACUGGCCCUCUGAGGCCAUGGAGGACAUCCGACCACCCAUCCGUCCGUCUAUCUGUUUGUCCUGUGACAAACCAUUGGAUUUCCCUUUCAAAAGACUUGUGUCUUUCCCAUGUAGGGUGAAAGCUUUAGAUAAGGCUUCGAAAGCUCUGGCUUCAGGUCAGUGUUUGAAAAUGCACUUAAGGGGGAGGGGAAACUGUCACACAAAAGAAGAGCAAAGGGGAUGCAUAUGGCAUUACUACUGGGUAGGAAAAUUUACACAGUUGCCAACUUAAAGGUUUCAGCUUCCUUGUUCUUACCAAGGGAAAAUGAGAGCGACUAUCUUUUUUAGUUACAUAUUGACAUGUGAUUUUUCAGUGCCUGAAUGUAUAAAUAGUAGAGGGUUAUUUAAUUACUAAUUUCAGAGCUUUUUUACGAUGUUAACAGUCUGAAUACAGCAUUGCAUUCCUUUUUCAGAUACAUUCCUCCAAAAAUUUAAAGAAAAUGUCUUAACGUAAUGCAUAACAUUGCCUCCAUUACACAGCAACUCUAAAUGUUUGAAUUUUUUUAUUUCUAUUUCUACUAACACCGUGGGUUAGGAUGAAGUUCAGAGACUAAAGCAAAAGGGAGACAUUCUGAGUGAAUAUUUUUGAGUGUGUUUGUCAGAGUUCACUUUUAGCUCAAUAGUGCACACUCAUACACACAACGAUGAAAUAUGUAGUAGACUACCUUUCUAACCACCACUAAUUAGAGCUUCCUGUGGUCUUCAGUUAAUGGCAUGGCUUGAGGUCUGCCGGUAUGUGUGGCCACACAGGCAGACAUCACUGGUAUGCAUGGGUAUGUGAAAAAAUGGCAGUGGAUCACAUUCUUCCUCGGAUGGCUUGAUGAUUUUAUUUUGACUUUUAUUACGUUUAAUUUUGUUUGGGUUGCCUUUCUUUCCUUUUUUCUACUAAAACUUUUUUACUAGGAUACCUAGGGUUUUAAGAGUUGCAGAAGCUAGAGAGUUGCAGUAAUGUGAUUCUGAAAUGCAUUCCCUGUUUAAAAUAUGAGGUGAAGAAUUCAUCACUAUUAUAAAAGGAUACAAAUAAAAGUGCUGAAGAAACUUGGAUGAAUGGGUCCCUCUGCAAAUUUAAAGUAAUAGUAUUGGGAAAUACAUCAAUUUUCUAGCCAAGUGUUUGAUGCAAAGAUUGAUACAAUAGUGUAAAUAUGAAGCUACUGCUAGAAGCUGGUUAGCUUAACUUAGCUAAGCUUAGCUUGGGGUCAAGACUAGAAACAAGGGGAACAGUUUGCCUAGCUCUUUCUAAAAUCAAUACAUUGAUCUUGGUUGUUUAAUCCCUACAGAAAACUGAAACAAAAUAGUCUCUGCUGGUUGCCAUGGUAAAUGUUUUAAUUCUAAAAUUACCUAGUGACUGCUGUUGGUAGCUUCUUAUUUACCGAAGGAGUGCUGUCAAUCAUUUCAUCUAACUCUGAGCACUCAAGUGAAUAAGCUUAUUUUCCAAAUUAUCAAACUAUUCCUUUAACAUUACAGUAUUAGGCCCCCAGUGUGGUGUCUUUUUAAAAGACAUUAUUACAAAUUGACUGUGAUAGAGGAUUUAAAACAUUCUAAAUUUGAACGGCACGGUGAAUGAUGCUUUUUAGAGUUGUAAGUUACUUUUUGAAGAGAAAUAUCGAGGAUGUUUAAAGCUAUUUUUUCCAGAGAACAUAUAAAAGGCAGAUCAGGAAGUCAGCGGGUUAGCGGGCUAGCAUGCUGUCCUAAAGUAGUUUGAAUGGUAGAUAACUCUCAUACGAAAAAAGAUGUUGGAACUAAAACAGCAUCUUUUAAAACCCCUAAUAUAUAAAUAGGAUCAUAUAUUUUGCCGGAACUUAAUUAUUUCCAAGAUGCUAUGAUUUGAAUUGGGGCAAUGUCUAAACCCUGUAAGCGAGGUCAUUCUCCAACAGGCUCUGGACAGGCCGAAGAGCACUUCAUUUAAGAACACAUUCAGGUUGCUAUGAGUGGAUCUUAAUCAAGCAUGAAUAUUAGCUUUUUUCCUUUCAACUUGAGUUGAUGAAGCAUGACUCUUUACUGCCCCCACCUCCAGCCACUUCUCUUACAGUGCUACACUCCACCCUCCCAGUAUAAAAGGAUAUAUUAUGCCAUAACAGUCUCUGUUUAGAUUAUGCAUAGACUGUUUCAGUCAGUGUCAUCCAUUGAGUCAGGAUGGCUAACGAAAGACUGUCUGCUUGAUUUUGACCUUACCUGCCUUUGUGUCACAGGUCUCCACCUUAUCAUUGCAUUGAAGAUGUAUCAUUGCAUUUGUCAUCUGUCAUCAUUAACAACUUCAGUCACCCCCCAAACACAAAUAGGCUUCCCAAAUGACCAGCAACAAAUACCUUUGAGGGGUUUGAAAGAAAAAAAAACUAAACAGGAAGAAGCAGGGGAACCCUCAGGUCAUGUUUCAUGUUGCACUCAGUGUGUAAUAUUCAGCUACACCAGAAAGGAUCACAGAUGCUGGAGUGUUGUCCCAAGAGAUGUAAAAGUGUGAAGGAGUUCAUCCUUCAUCAGGCGGGGCAAGACUAGCUGGGGAAAAAAUUGCGAAAGAUGAGAAUAGUAGCUAAUUUUUACUGACAGACGUUCUUUUUUUUGCCCAGCGGGGUUGUGAAGAGCAAGAGUGGGUGUCUAGUAAAUGUGACCUCAUUGUAGAUGUCGAGUAAACGGGACAAAUGGUGAGCCGCAGGGAUGAAGGUAGCCGGGAGCCCGCACAGCAGGUUGCAAAUAUGCAGUAGAAUAAACAUCUAGAAAGGAAAUUACAUAUUAUACAAAUAUUAUAUCUGAUUAAUUUCACUUUUUUUUUUGCUAAUGGAGGUACAAUCAGGUUCAGUUUUUUUACCCUGUUGUAAAGGUUGGUUUUCUUCUGCACUCCUUAUCCUGUCAACAACAAAGUCCUGCCAAAACACCAUUCCAAUAUCUAAUAGUGACCCAAUUUUUCUCCACUAGGAAAUAAAAAAUGCACAGUAUUUUGUAGUGAAGUGAGGGACAUUCAUAAUGUUAUUCUGAUGAUGGUAGAUGAGUCAAAGUGAUAAACGCAUCCCAGAGUCUUUUUAAUUAUCCUGAAAAGUAGGCUUUCCUCAUAGAGCAGGAAUAAAAACACACUUCUACUGAAUAAAAACCCCAAAAAGUGAAGAAAUGUAACCCAACCAUUGUUCUGUGUACACUGCCACAUGAUGCAUAAUGUACGUAGUAGCACUGGAAUAAAUCAACUUUUAAUGGAUGGCAAAUGGGUUCCACAUGUUCUCUGUAUACUGUUCGCUGUUCCUUCAUUUUGCAGGUGAACUUUUGUCCUAGCAAGGAGAGACACCAAGGUCAAAUCAUUAAAGACUUUCUUCAGCUAUGA